AUGAAGUUGCACAAUUUACCCCAUGAUGUCCUUCUACACGUCCUCGGAUUUUGUGACCUGAAGACUGGAAUAUCAUUCUCAAUGGCUUGCUCUACAUUCCAUGCAUUGCUUGAAAAACGUAGCUUUUGGAUCACUUGCUUGACAAAAACCCGCUUGUCAAAACCCAUUCCCUGUCUUUUACAUGAGGACUUGACGACGCACGACCUAGCGAGCCUCAAGCGUAUAGCAUUACAAUCUCUUCGUCUUCAGCGCAACUGGGACCUUCCCAAGCCAGAGAUUAUCGGAUCCAUCAAGACGGUAAAGUUGGGGAUUCGACCUAAAUUCGAUAUCGUCUUUCAAGUUCCUGGCACGGAGCUAUAUGUUCUUCACGCUCGUCCUAAAGGUUUUAUGACCUGCUGGGAUAUAGGACUAGGAAAAGCUGUAUGUCCACCUAUCCAUGUUGCCAAGGCGAUUCUGGAUGUAUCGCCUGGUCAAGAUCAGCCCGGGCGGUUCUCGAUGGGAUUGCUCGUUAACGAUGGGGACAUCAAUACUCCCAAUCUCUCCCUCGUCAUUGUUUGUCUGGAAUAUAGUCUUUUGACCGCCAAAGUUCAGAUAGUUUUCCGUCAUUAUCUUUCACCUUUAUUUUGCCAUUGGGCAGUAUUUAUGACAAAAGAGAUUGUCGGCGUUCUUCGCUGCGACGUAUCAAGGAGGGACCCGACCAUCGACCUACUUGCACUCAAUAUAUCAUCGAAGAAGAUGACGAUGGUAAAAACGGACAUUCCUUACAAUGUGGGUGAUGUGGGUUUUCUUGUAUCCGACCUAUACCUGUACUCAGCGAUCAUGCAGCCAUCUAAUGCUAAUGAAGACGGUCAUUCGGCUACAUCGGCCUGCGACGGCGACAUUUUCAUUUUAAUAGAACACGGCAGCACGUCCGUUUCGUUCUGCUGUCCCAAGGAAUACUUUCCACACGACGGCGAUAAUUCAUGCCCAGACGAAUCGUUCCUGCGGUGCAACGCUGCCGCGCUCCGUAUUUUAGACGGAUCCGGAACGCGGUAUCACGCGGAGGGGGCUUUAUCCUCGGAUUCAUUCUAUGACGUACCUGCGGUCUCUAUGCAUAGUGUCGUCUCCCCGGAGGGACCUAUAAUCCAUAUACGCUUUUGGACCAGAUCUGCAGGCAGCCCAAAGACCCUGUCAUUACUUCAAUCUGCAAAUGUUCGCGGCGUACUCCAUGAUUCACCAGGUUCAGCCUGGCAGUUGAUGCUGAUCCCGCAUUCCGGAAGACACGUUCUUUUGGUUGCGAAAUCCAACGAGGACGUGGUCCUACGGCUCGUCCGAUACAAUCCGCAAAAAUCGGCAGCAUCUGUUCAUGAACUUGAACUCCCUCCGUCCAUCGACCUGUCUCUCAUCUACAGUCUCGGUCUAGACGAUCACCGUGGCGUGAUAUCUUUACUCGACAGACGAGGCAACCUAUAUGCAAUUCCUUAUGCUUGA